AUGUCAGGUGAAGCGUGGCUCUACCUUUUCGCGGUGUUGAUAAAUGCCGUCAACCUCUUCCUGCAGGUCUUCUUCACCAUUAUGUACAGCGACUUGGAAUGUGAUUACAUCAACCCUAUUGAUCUCUGCAACCGUCUGAACACCUACAUCAUCCCCGAGGCUGCGGUACAUGGCUUCCUCACAUUUAUGUUCUUGAUCAACGGUUACUGGCUGCCUCUGAUUCUCAACCUUCCUCUCCUGGGCUGGAACAUCAAGAAAAUUGUCGACAAUACCCACCUCCUAGAUGCGACCGAGAUCUUCCGAAAGCUGAAUGUCCACAAGAAGGAAUCAUUCACCAAGCUCGGCUUCCAUCUCGUCAUGUUCUUCUUCUAUCUCUACAGCAUGAUCGUCGCCCUGAUCAAGGACGAGGCUCACUAA